AUGAUUAAAAUUCUAAGGAUGGCUCCGAGAUUCAAUUACUUGCCUAGAUUCCAUGUGGGAUAAAUGGGUCCGAUUGCACCAAGUCCUUAGAUUUAAUAAAAAAUGGAGGCGUUAGAAUAAAACCAACCAUUCUUUGAUAGAUUGAUAUUUUUUGAUCCUGAUAUCAUGGCAUCAUUACCAGGUCCUUUAUAAGUGUUUGAUCCUGUGGUUGAUUUUGGAAGUGGAAUACUUACCUAUCUGCAUGAUUGUCACAUUCCUUGGGUUGGAGUGUUGAGCUUAACUUGUAUAAUUGCCAGAUCUACAUUACUUCCUCUGAUAUAUUUGCAAAUGAAAAGAACAACUAGAUUAGCAACUGUUAUUCCAGCCAUUGCCCAAAUGAAGAGACUAAUUGACAAAACCAAUUAUUCAAAACCCAAGAAAUUUUUCACCUUGAUGAGAUUGUCAUAUAAGAUUGUCCACUCAUAGAGAUUGAAAUGGAUGAGACUCUUCCUGUACAAUGUAUUCCAUAUACCCAUGCUUAUUACUUUAAUUUGGAGCAUCCGUAGACUUUUAAUAGAUGAAUCCUUCAAAACCACUGCUUUCCUUUGGAUACCUUCUCUCUCCAAUAUGGAUCCCUACUUCAUUGUCCCUGCUUUGACUGUGAUAUGUUACUAUUACAACCUUCAAAGAUUCAUCACCCCAGAAAAUAAAGAUACCUUGCCAUCCAAAUUGCGUAAUGUUGGUUAGUUUCUGUUAAUAUUAUGGUUACCAUUCUUGGCCAAUUGGCCAUGUGCCAUAUAGAUUUAUAUGUUGUUCAAUGCCUUCUUUUCUAUUAUACAGACAUCGAUUAUGCUACAUCCUGAAUUUUAAAAGAUAGUUGAUCCAAAAAUAUUCCUUUAUCAAAUGAUAAUCAGAAUGAUUGAGUAUGAUAAAAACACUAGUUUGUCUUUGAUAGAGGCUAUCAAGAGUGGUGAGGAGACCAACAUCGAGAAAUCAAUUUCAGAAGAGCAAUUACUUGAUUAGUUUUAGAAAUCUUUGGUUGAAUUGAAUGAAGGGGAACUGUAAGAAGAUGCUGCCAAGAUUUCAAAAGAUAAACCAAAUUUUUAUUGA